AUGGCAUUGGAAUUCAAUAAGCCCAGUGGUUUGUGCCUCGAAGGAAACCUGUCUGAAAAUUUCAAAAUAUUUAAUCAAGAAAUAAAAAUAUAUUUUAAAGCAACAGAAACAGACAAAAAGGAUAAAGAUGUACAAGUGGCUCGAUUAUUAAAUUUGAUGGGUCAUGAUGGAUUGAAAUUGUACAACACAAUCAAAAAAAGUGGUGAAGAGUCAGUUGAGUCCAUAUUGGAAACAUUAGAAGAAUAUUGUAUUCCCAAAACUAAUGAAAUCAUUGAACACUUUAAUUUCUUUAAUAGAAAACAGCAGGAAGGUGAACAGUUUGAUGUAUGGUAUACUGAUCUGAAAAAACUGAUUAAAGGUUGUAAUUUUGGUGAAACUGAAAAUAAAAUAUUGAGAACACAAAUUGUGUUAGGAAUAUUUGACAAAGAAACGCAGACAAGACUGCUAAGGGAUGAUAUAGAAUUAACAAAAGUUGUAUCGUACUGUCAAUCAGUUGAACGUGCAGAAAGCAAUAGAAAAAUGCUGACUUCUACCAAUGAAUCCGACAAGAUGAUACAUGAAGUUGGAUACAAGACAAGAUGGGAAAACAAGGAUCAAAAUCAAAACAACACUUGGGUGAAGAACGGGAAGUGUGGAAAACAACGAAAAGGCAAUUAUUCAAAUGGACAUCAAAUAAGUAAAACAGGUAAUGAAUUUAAUAAUAUGAUAGAUUGUAAUAGGUGUGGUUUAAAGCAUGUGUAUAAAAAUUGUCCAGCAUAUGGCAAAUGUUGUAAAAAUUGUAAUGGGUAUCAUCAUUUUGCUAAGGUGUGUAAAAAGAAAAAAGAAUUUAAUAAGAAUGAAACAAAAAAAGCGCAAGGAAUAGUGGUUGAAAAUAGAGAAGAGGAGAAUAUGUUUUCUGUAGAAUCUGUACAUAAGUUAUGGUCGAUUAAAAAUGAAUGGUGUAAAACGUUUAAGGUUAAUGGUAAAGAUAUGAAUUUUAAAUUGGAUAGUGGAGCUGAGAUUAAUACAUUAUCAGAAGUGGAUUGUAUAAAUCUUGGUUUAAAAGAACUAAUUAGAACUACAAAAGUUACACUAGAAGUAUACGGUGGAUUUAAAAUGAAACCCAUAGGUGAGGUUAAGACUCUGUUAACGUUAGGCGACAAAAAUGUAGAGACAGAAUUUAUUGUAAUUGAUAAAGCUUAUAAUAGUAAAUCAAUAAUUGGUCUACCAAUGCUUACAGAAUUUGAGUUAUUAAGAAAUGUAGAUUUUAUUACCAAAAAGAAUGAGGAGUCUGGAAAAGAUAAUUUUAUUAAAAGAAACAUUGAUGUUUUUGAAGGUGUAGGUUGUUUCCCAGAUGUAUGUAAACUGAAAUUAAAAAAAGGUGUAGUACCUAAAGCUAGUGUGGCAAGAAGAGUUCCUAUAAAAAUCAGAGAUAGGUUAAAAUUGAAAUUAGAGGAACUUGUAAAAAAAGAAAUAAUAACUCCGAUGGAUGAACCAUGUGAAUGGGUAAACAAUUUAGUAGUAGUACAAAAACAAGAUUCAUCGCUGAGAAUUUGUCUAGAUCCGAAAGAAUUAAAUAAUGGCUUAGUAAGAGAACAGUUUACAGUACCAACAUUAGAAGAGAUUACUCCGAAAUUGGUUAGUAAAAAAUAUUACAGUGUUCUGGACUUAAAAGAUGGGUAUUACCAUAUUAAGCUUGAUGAGAAGUCAAGUAAGUACUGUACGUUUAGUACACCUUUUGGAAACUACAGAUUUUUAAGGUUAGCCUUUGGAUUAAAUGUGGCACCAGAACUGUUCAUGAAGCAGAAUGAAAAAUAUUUUGGAGACAUAGAAGGUGUAAUUAUAUAUUUUGACGACUUAUUAAUUGCUGCAGAGUCAGAAGAGCAACAUUAUCAAAUUAUGAAUAAGGUUGUAGAGAGAGCUAGAAAAUAUAACAUUAGGUUUAAUAUUACAAAACUGCAAUAUAAGCAGCGAGAAGUAAAAUUCAUGGGAUUAAUUUUUAAUGAGAAAGGCAUGAGUCCAGAUAGUGAGAGAAUAGAAGUCAUUAAGAAGUUAAAAAAUCCUAGUAAUAAAAAAGAAUUACAGCAGAUAUUAGGUGUUGUAAAUUUUUUGAGACAAUUUAUACCAAACAUGUCUGAAAUAAUUAGCCCAAUGAGAGAUUUGUUAAAGAAUGAUACAGCAUGGAAUUGGACAGAUGAGCACAGAAAAAUAUUAGAAAUAAUAAAAAGUUUAAUUAGUGAAAAAUCAUUAUUAGUACAUUUUAAUGCCAAAGAAGCAGUGCAAAUACAGUGUGAUGCGUCCAAAGAUGCUAUUGCAUGCUGUUUAUUACAAUCAAAUAAACCAGUAUGGUUUGCUUCGAGAUCACUAACAGAGACUGAACAGAUGUAUGCAGUAAUUGAGAAAGAGCUAUUAGCUAUUACAUUUGCUGUAAAAAAGUUUCAUUAUUACAUUUAUGGUCACAAUGAGGUUAAAAUAUAUACAGAUCACCAGCCGUUAGUGUCGAUUGUAAAAAAGAAUUUAGAGAAGAUAGAGAACAAUAGAUUAAAACGAUUAAAAUUAAAAUUAAUAAAUUAUAACUUUACGUUAGAGUAUUUGCCUGGGAGAUAUAUGUACAUAGCAGAUUUGUUAACUAGAAACAUAAUACAUAAAGAAGAGAAAGAUGAUGAAUCAUUGAAAGACUUAAUACAUACGGUGAAGAUUACAGAAAUAAAAUACAGUACAGAAAAACUAAAUGAAUUAAAACUAUAG